AAAAGAAACAGGGUCAGAGAGGCUGCAGAGCUGAAGAGGCGAAGACUUUCCACCGAGUCAUGACUUCCAGUAAGAUCGAGCUCCCCGGAGAGGUGAAGAACGACCCGGCUGCUCUCAUGGCAUCCCUCCAGCUGAUGCCUUCACCGGUGCCCAACCCGGAGAUCAAGCACACAAAGAUUUUCAUCAACAAUGAGUGGCAGAACUCUGUUAGUGGGAAGGUUUUCCCCGUCUACAACCCGGCUACCGGAGAGCAGAUCUGUGAGGUCCAGGAAGCGGACAAGGCGGACGUUGAUAAAGCAGUGCAGGCAGCCCGACUUGCCUUUUCUUUGGGCUCCGUGUGGAGAAAAAUGGAUGCAUCUGAAAGGGGCCGACUGCUGUCCAAACUGGCUGACCUGGUGGAGCGGGACAGCAUGUAUCUAGCAACCAUCGAGUCGCUGAACAGUGGGAAGCCUUUCCUGCCCACCCUGUUUGUCGACCUCCAGGCAACUAUAAAGACUCUGAGGUACUUCGCUGGAUAUGCAGACAAAAUCCAUGGCACCUCCAUCCCAAUGGAUGGAGAAUAUCUGACAUUUACCAGAUAUGAGCCUGUUGGAGUCUGUGGACAAAUUAUCCCUUGGAACUUCCCUCUGAUGAUGGCAGCGUGGAAGCUGGGGCCUGCGCUCGCGUGUGGAAACACCGUCAUCCUUAAACCUGCUGAGGAGACGCCGCUCACCUGCCUCUACGUAGCAGCUCUUAUCAAGGAGGCUGGGUUUCCACCGGGAGUCAUCAAUAUUUUGCCAGGAUUCGGUCCAACAGCGGGAGCGGCGAUUGCUUCACACAUGGGCAUCGACAAAGUGGCUUUCACAGGAUCCACUGAGGUCGGCAAGCUGAUCCAGGAGGCAGCGGGGAAAAGUAACCUGAAGAGAGUGACGCUGGAGCUGGGAGGGAAGAAUCCCAACAUCAUCUUUGCAGAUGCAGACAUGGAUCUGGCCGUGGAGCAGGCCCACCAGGGCGUGUUUUUCAACGCAGGCCAGUGCUGCACAGCAGGGUCUCGCAUUUUUGUCGAGGAGCCUAUCUAUGACGAGUUUGUUCGGAGGAGCGUGGAGCGAGCCAAGCGGAGGAUAGUCGGCAGCCCCUUCGACCCCACAACUGAGCAGGGCCCACAGGUCAGCCGGGAGCAUCAGAAUCGGGUGCUGGAGUUCAUCCAGAGCGGCAUCAGUGAAGGAGCUAAACUGGAGUGUGGAGGCAAAGCUUUAGGCUUGAAAGGCUUUUUCAUUGAGCCUACAGUUUUCUCCAACGUGAAAGAUGAUAUGCGCAUAGCCAGAGAGGAGAUAUUUGGGCCAGUCCAGCAGAUUAUGAAGUUCAAAACAAUUGAAGAAGUGAUAGAGAGAGCCAAUAACUCAAUUUAUGGUUUGGUUGCUGCUGUGUUUACCAACGACAUCAACAAAGCCAUGACCAUUUCCACAGCCGUGCAGGCCGGCACCGUCUGGAUAAACUGCUUCAACGCUCUGAGCACACAGUGUCCAUUUGGAGGAUACAAAAUGUCUGGCAAUGGACGUGAAUUGGGAGAAAGCUGCCUGAGAGAGUACACAGAAGAGAAGACCAUCACGAUGAAGAUGGUUACAAAGAACUCUUAAAGGCAGACUCGUUUUUCUGAGAGGAGGUGUGGCGGGGKUUCUCAGUCCGACCAUGGUGGCAAAUCUCACCGACCUUCAGAACCAGUUCUUACUCGCUGCCGCUCCCUCCAUCAACUCGACCUUGCAGUCAAGUCGUUCCCGUCCGGCUCUCUCCAGGUCUGAACCACUGAACCCCGCCCACUCACAUCCUCACACUGCGUACCUCCUCCACUAACUCCACUAAAGCACUCGCAGAGACAAUAAGGGAAGCUGCUCUGACUGCAUCGCCCGAUAACACCACCACCCCCCGCGGCCUCAACACGUAGGCCCCCUCCCCAGAUGCUGGAUGCUCAGAGACUCGGUCGCUGCACUUGCAAUAAGCCCUUUAGCUACUUGUCAUGUGUUGGGAGGCAGAUUUUCUUUGUACUGUGCGCUAUGAUUGUCAAAAACCUCAUGUGUCAUUGUCUUGGUAGAAUUUAUGCGAGUACAUCACCUCAUUCCAGACCACUGAUGUUGUCAGACAUGAAUGGAYGAAAACRUUAACGUAGAGUUAAAACUGAUUUCUAAUUGUCUUUGUUUAUAUAUUAGCUCAUAUGACUUAACACUGUAUGUAAACCUCUGACCGACGUAAACGUGAAAGAUUUUAAACUCUUAAAAGCAUUGUACUCUCACUUGCUAAAAGAGGAGUAGAUGUAUUUUAAACUUUUUUUAACUGAUUAUCAUUGAUGUCCAUCUUUUGUUUAUGUUUAUACAAUCAUAUGCUAUGAAAUUAUAUAAUGUCUAGUUUUUUUCAGUAAAACAUUAUUUUCUCUGGAGAAUCGUUGCUUUUUCACUCACUUUUCUUUACACUUUAACUUCUUCAUGUGACACUUUGCAAACAGAAGCAUGUGAGCAACAUGAAGUCAAACUUAAGGAAAAUGAGAACAUAAAAUAAAAGAUAAAACAUCACACCACUGUUAUAUUAAAGGCAGAUUCUAAGUAUGUUACUAAAUGAACAAUUGAAUUAAAAAUAUUCAAAAUGAA